AUGGAUAUCAACAAUGACGGGAUCGCUAACUCUGUUUCACAGCCAUUGGGUAGCGACACUCACAACGACGCUUCCAUUAGCCAAUUGAUAUCGCCUGACGUUAUUCCAUCAAGUCAACCGCUAUUGCUCUCCGAGCAAUCGAGAGUCGAAAUUGUGACGCGCCAUCGCGUGGCCCGACGUCGGCGGCGAAGGCGAACACAGGGUCAACAUCAACAGCUAGCACAACAGAUUCGACGACGACACAUGUCUCAUCAAUACCGUCAGCAACAACGAUAUCACCGAAAUGACCGGUAUGAAGGACGAGACAGUUCUAACGUCACACGGCCUCAAUCUUCGACCGUCGACGAACAAUUUGAAGAAGUGAUCGAGGAACGAUUGCAAGAGGUAUAUGAUUGGGAAAUUAUACAACUAAUGGACCAAUUGGAACAAGAACAGUUGAACGGGUUAGAGGGUAUUGCUGCUUUGGAACAGCUAUCCGUCGUGCAAGACGAGAUGAAACAAUCCCAUCCGAUCCAAACAUCACAAGCAUUGGGAGAAGACGAAGCCAACCCACGAGGACAAACAUCUAACGGUUGGGUUCGAAUGCAACCGAAUGACCCAGACAAUCAUUUGACACCACAAUCACUUGAUUCCACACUAUAUCACAUGGACAAAAUGCGAUAG